AUGCUUGCUGCUCCCCUUUUCGUCCCCCAGAGUCAGGGAUCUUGUCCAAGAGCACGGCUAAUGGCUUUUCUGCAACUGCAAUGCAGGUCACUCUUGAUGUCCGCAUCAUAUGUGGUACACAGCUACCAUUUCAGUUCGUACUCGGAUAAUGGAGCUUUUGUGACGUUCUGCGCAGCCAGUUACUACACAGCGUCCUCGACAUGCCAGCUGUUUCAUGUGGGAAUGCGAGCUCUGGCGAUCAAUCGGUGUCAACGUAUUGUGGCAUCUCUACACUACCGCGUGAUAGCUGAUAGCAUCAAUCAGCAGGACGUCGAAUCGCUUCAUCACUAUUGGUUUCGUGCUCUGAAUUGGUACAGAGUCGAGGAUCGGCCAGGCAGGCGACAAUAUGAGGAACCUUUUGGCUGUUAUGUUGACAGAUUUGUUACCUCCUCAGAAUAUGUGAUCCCAUCGGCCGAUGAAUAG